UAUGACAGUGACAGUAAUACCGCCAUGUGUUCUAUAUUAUAUUUUUUAAAAACCAAUAGAUAAUGCAAAUUAAUUUGCUUAACUCACCUUAAGAUAAUUAUUAAUAGUUAUUUUUUGUAGUUUAAGUCAGUUAAAGUUUGAAAUCAUCAAAAUGGAAGUUAAACCACAAAGUGAUGUGCAUUUAAAGGCUAUGCUAAAUAAUCCUACAAAGUUUACCCCAGCUGUUCCUAUUCCUGACUGGAAUACUCCUUCGACAUCUAAUAAUCCUCCUCAAAUAGUACCAGUAUCUGUUACAAAGCCAAACCUAUCACAACUGACAGUAGCUCUACCUGGAUCAGCUGUUGGAGAACCACAUACCAACAUUACUUUACAAAAUUGUGUUUCAACUGUAGAUCUACAAACCACCCUAGACUUAGAAACGAUAAAUGCAAGAACACGAAAUUCGGAAUUUAAUCCUUCGAGGUUCCACGGUGUUAUUAUGAGAUUAAGGGAGCCCAGAACAACUGCUUUGAUUUUUAGGUCUGGUAAAAUUGUCUGUACUGGUGCUAGGAAUGAGUAUGAUGGGUUGUUGGCUUCCAAGAAGUUUGCUAAGAUCAUUCAGAAACUAGGAUUUAAUAUUAAAUUUUGUAAUUUCAAGAUACAAAAUUUGGUGGCUACCUGUGAUUUAAGAUUCCCUAUUAAAUUAGAAAAUUUGAAUAUGAUGCAUGGUCAAUUCAGCAGUUAUGAACCGGAGCUCUUCCCAGGUCUGGUAUACAGGAUGGUCAAACCUAGGCUGGUUAUUUUGGUUUUUGUCAAUGGCAAAAUUGUUUUUACAGGAGCAAAAUCCCGGGAAGAUAUCAAGGAGGCUUUAAACAAUAUGUAUCCAAUUUUGAGGAGUUUCAGAAAGAACUGAAAACUUGUAUCUUUUUGUUAUUAUUUUUUGUUAAUUAUUGAC